AUGCGUGCGCGACACUCCUCGGGGGCGAGCCGCGCUGUGGCGCCAGUGCUCGACUUUAGCGACCUAGAGGCAUCGAUCGAGAACUUUACACGGCGCUUCGAAAUGUACGUUCAAUCUACCGUAGCCAGCUGCGACCAGGACCGCCUGGCCGCCGAUACACAGCGCGCCGAAAAUCAGGUGCGCAUCAAAUCGCUCGAGGCAGAGCGGGAAGAUACCAAAACGACCCAGAAGGAGCUGUGGGAGACAGUUGCGUCGGAGCGCAGUGCGGAUGCAAAGCUGCGUGCGAGCGUCCAAGCAUUACUUGCGCAGCGCACCUCGCUGGCGCAGCGCUCGGCAAACUUGCAAAUAGAGGUGGGCGAGCUACGCGCACAGAUCAUUGCACAGCGCGAGCGCAAGCAGGGCAAAGUACAGCAGCUGCGCGAGCAGGUGCAGCGAAAUGCUCCGGAGCUUGCGCAGCUUGAGCGCACCACAGGCCUGCAAAUCCGGCCGCAAGAGCGCGGCACGAUUCAAUUCACGUUUUCCCUGCUCACCGCAUCAUCGCCCGAGACGCACUGUGCCGUGGUGGUAGAUGUAUCGCAAGAGAAAUACACAGUGCCGCACCAUGACGACCUGCUGUCUGAAACGGCCCUUCGCUCUUUGCUGCGGCAGUUGAACCAAACAGGUGACUUUCACGCAUUCCUCAAAGGCGCACGGCACGCAAUGCAGAAGGGGCUGGUGGAUAGCUGA